AUGGAGAAAACGUUGAAGAUCGUCGCCGGAUUCGUCGAGAAACGGAGGAGGGAAACGAAAUUAAACCCUAGCUCUAGAAAGGAUUUUCUCGAAGUGCUUCUAGAAUAUCGUGGAAACAACGACGACGAGUGCGAUCAGAUCUCCGAUCAUCAACUCCACAUUAUCACCAUGGAGGUUUUCCUCGCCGGAUUGGAAACGCCGAGCAACACGAUCGAGUGGGCGAUGGUGGAGCUCCUCCGCCACCCGGCGGCGAAGGAAGAGCUCCGCCGCGUAGUCGGAGAAGGCAACAGAUUUGAGGAAGCGCAGAUCGACGAUCUGCCAUACCUGCAGGCGGUGGUGAAGGAGACGCUGCGGCGGAGAAGGAGCCAGCCUCAGUUUCAUCUUCGGAAGAAUCUGGAUUGGAAGAUUGGGGAUUCGGCGGCGAAACGUAGUCGUGCUGCGGCUGUGCAGAGUAGAAGCGGCGGAGGAAGGCAGAAGCGGCGGAGGAAGGCAGAAUCGGCAGUGAUUGAGCGGAAUCGUCUCAGUGCCAUUACUGCUUUCAUUUCAAGCUCUGAUUAAUGGCGAUUUGACGAAUGUGUAUAGCUAUUAAA